AUGAGUUUCGACUCAAUUCAUACGAUAAGUGCGGGUGGGGUGUUCCCUAAACGGGCCCUCACAAUCGGAGAUGAGUCCCAUAACCAAUUGCUGACUGUUUAUUUGCAUUCCUUCAAUCCAGAGGCCAGCAGUCAACGGGUUCGGCUUGAGUUCCACAAAAGAUCCACGACGGAAGAGUUGAUCGAAAAGAUUGUUGCACAAGAGAACUUUGGUAUCUCAUUUCCACUACCUUUAUAAUCACAAUGACAUAACGUUGCUAACAAUUUAUGUUUCAGAUGACGCCAAUUCUAAUGAUUUUGAAAUAUUUGAAACGAUGGGGACAUUGGAUGGAAGGACGUAUAAGGAAAGGAAACUAGAUCGGGGAGAAUACCCUGUGGCCAUUCAGACUUUGUGGCCAAGGGGCCAAAACGGUUCCUCGGAAGAUGAUCCUUCAGUUCCUCGUCAUCGUUUCGUUCUGCGGAAAAAAGGCAGCCGUUCAACAACGCAGACCGGGAUCUCCGAAAAUUCGUCGACCAUCGACGAAUUUCUGGCCAAAUUCCUGCAACAACCAGUGGAUCGAGAGUACGCUGAUUUGUGUAUGUUGCCCGAAUUAACCGAACAAACAUUACUCGAGAAUCUGAGAGAUCGGUUUAACAGUGGCCACAUAUACACUUACAUUGGUCCCAUCUUGGUGGCAGUUAAUCCCUUCAAGUUCUUUCCCAUCUACAAUCCCAAAUAUGCUCGUCUAUAUUGUCAGAGUAGAAGAUUGGGAGCAUUGCCCCCACAUAUCUUCGCCAUUGCAGAUGUUACAUAUCAUAAGUGAGUUUCGUGCUAAUUUAAGUACAUAUAUGGCUGGUGAUUACAGUAUGCUCAGAAUCAAACAAAACCAAUGCGUUGUUAUUAGUGGAGAGUCCGGGUCGGGGAAGACUGAAUCAACCAACUUUUUACUUCAUCACUUGACAACUCUCAGUCAGAAAGGUAGUAACGGAAGUAGCAUUGAGCAGAUGUUACUCUCAGCGGGGCCAGUUCUUGAGGUACUGUUGCUGUUUCAUGCCAUAGCUUUAUAUACAGGCCUUUGGAAAUGCAGUUACUUUACAAAACAACAACAGCAGUCGAUUUGGGAAGUUUAUCAAAGUGAAUUACCGAGAGAAUGGGAUGGUAUCUGGGGCCAAUGUUGAGAUUUAUCUAUUGGAAAAGUCAAGGAUUAUAUCACAAGCAGUCGAAGAACGGAAUUAUCAUGUCUUCUAUUAUCUUCUCAAAGGGGCGACGGAAGAAGAAAGAAAAAAACAUUUCCUCUUGGAAGUCCAUGAUUACAAUUAUUUGAACCAAGUAAGGUAAUCGAUUGCAAUCAUCUCAAUUCUAGAACGAACUGUUUGGCCAAGGAGAAGGGAUUAAUGAACAAUACGAAUAUGAACGAUUAAAACAUUCCAUGGAUGCCGUUGGAUUCUCCAAUUCGAGUCAGCAAAAAAUUUUUGGUAUAAUUUCAGCAGUUCUACUUCUCGGAAAUGUUACUUUUGUCGAGGUAGGUCCGGCACGUUGAGGUGGGAAUAAACUCUUUGUUUAGCGACCUGGAUAUCAUAGCGAUGAGAAUGCUUAUGUUCAAAAUGCGGAACUUGUUGACGUUGUCUCGGAGUUACUCGGCAUUAAGGCCAAUCAAUUGAAUCAAGCGUUAACGAUGCGAAGAACUGUCUUGAAAAAGGAUACUGUAAUCUCCAGGUAUCAUGUUGCCGAGGCCAUUAACACCCGAGAUGCCAUGGCCAAGUGUCUUUACAACGCCCUCUUCCAUUGGAUUGUACUGCGGAUGAAUCAGGCAUUGAUUGGAAGGGAUAUUUCCCUGACCAAAAAAGGAUUUUACAUCGGGAUUUUGGAUAUCUUCGGAUUUGAGGAUAUCGGAGCUCAGUGGAAUUCCUUCGAACAAUUAUGCAUAAAUUAUGCAAAUGAGCAUCUUCAGGCAUACUUUAAUCAGCAUAUCUUCCAAUUUGAGCAAGUAAGAAAAGGAUUUUUUGAAUCGUUUCUUUUUAGGAAGAGUACUGUAAAGAAGGAAUCACUUGGACCAAUAUCGAAUAUACGGACAACACUGAAUGUGUCCAGUUGUUUCAGGUAGGUGGAUCUAUGAAUAACAUGCGCCCUAGAGUAAACCUUAUGGAUUACUUCGAUUGGUCGAUGAAGAAAGUAAUAUAAACAAUGGGACAGACAGAUCCAUGUUGGAUAAAUUAAACACCUUUCUCAAGUCAAACGAAUAUUACGAAAUCCCCCACAAAAGAGAGGAUGCAUUUAUUAUUGCACAUUACGCAGGCAAAGUAAAGUAUCAGGUUACUGUAAGUAUUACUAUUACUUAGAAUGCAUUCACUUUUAGGGAUUUCGAGAAAAGAAUAAAGAUUUGAUGAGACAAGAUGUGAUGACUGUACUCAAGGGAAGCCGGAGUUUAUUCAUGAAAGAGAUCAUCGCCUCUGAUCCUGUCGCCUUCUUCAGAUGGAAAAUGGUCAGAUCCACGUUCCGCGCAAUGUUUGCCUUUAAAAAUUGUUUGAAAACGAAUGGACGACAACGCCGAGCAGGUAACACUGGCCACGAGGGUAUUUACAGAUCGGCAAAUUUAGAAAGUCUGGACCGUUUGGUAGUCCCAAAUGAACCUAUGAAACCGGUUCGUCGCGGAUCUGACUCGCAUCUCAACGCUUUCCUGAGGGGAGAUCUGAGCAUUGACAUUGUGCCCGACUUCUGUGAUACCUCUGUCUUCCAAACAAUCGUUAAUCGAGCAAAGAAGUUGCCCAUCAAACCGAGGGACGAAAGGCAUUCAAGCAUUAAGUCCCUUCAAGCCGUCAAGGAACUGAUUGGAAAGAAGCCCAUUUCAAACAAACCGACCUCCGUGUCCCGGCAAUUCGAAUAUUCGCUAUCAAGGCUCAUGAAGACGUUGUCCCAGGCCACUCCUUACUUUAUCCGAUGUAUCAAAUCGAAUAACGAAAAAGUGAGACCACAAUUAAUUAAAAUUAAAUUUUAGAACCCCAACUAUUUCGAUGACAAUAUCAUCCUCAGACAACUUAGAUACACAGGAAUGUUGGAAACGGUCAGAAUACGCAGGGCUGGGUACAGCGUCCGCAUCGAAUACAAUUCAUUCGUUCAGCAAUACCGUAUUCUAUUACCCAAGGGCAGAGAGAGCGAACGGGAGGACGUUAAAGAAUUCUUCUUGGGACAUCCUCUGAUUGAGGCCGACAAUAUUCAAUAUGGGAUAAACAAAGUAAGCCCUCUACGGGAAGACAGAUUGUUUUAGAUAUUUAUGAGGGAUGCUGAGAAGCUGCUACUGGACGAUCAUUUACAUCGAGUCAUCAUGGGGCAUAUAGAAACACUCCAAAGUUGGUUCCGGGCUGUUUUGGCAAGAAGAAGAUACUUGAAAAUGAAGGUGGGGAUGGUCAGGAUGCAGGCCUGGGUCAGGGGAAUGCUUACUCGAAACCAGAUUCGGCGUCAACACAUGGCCGCGCUGGUUAUACAAACCUGGUGGAGAAAAGAAAAACAGAAAAAGAUCUAUCAGAGACUGCGGAAGAUAACUCUUUUCAUACAGUCUUGGCACCGUGCCAACAAGCUUCGCAAGGAAUUCGAAUUUCUGAAAUUGGAGUUCCCGAAGAAAUCACUACUCAAGUUUGAAUUGAAUAAGGUCCACCGAAUAGACCUCCCGAAAUUUAAUCUGAAUGAUCCCAAAUCCUUGGACCCUUUUGGCGGAGACAAUGUUGAGGAUACUGAUGCCUUUUCCAGUCCAGAAGAUGAGGAAAUCGGGGACAGUGCCAACUGGUUGGUUCUACUUUUCUUCUUUCUACUUCUUUAGGGAUUCUUCCGAUAUUGAUCUGGAUGCCACUUUUAUCCUGGAAGACACGAAACUCAAAUUAAUCGGGUAAGGUAGAAAGUUCGGUGAACAAAUGUAACGAAGUAAGCAUAAAUUCAAUUAAUUUGCAGGGAGAUUGACAAGGGAUUCCAACGGCGACAAAGUCUAGCCACAACCGCGUCUACGGCCAAGGUUGGGUAUCUUAAUCAAAAAAAUAACCUGGAUUUAGCUGAGAAUGCUUCGCCGAGCUGCUAGUACUGAGAGCGAUCAGUUGCAAAGGCGAAAUCUGCAAGAUGUGAAAGUCCAGAGUCCAAUGUCUAAAUUGAAAUUCCAUAAACUUGGGUUCAACAAAGCGAGGAAACAUCUCAAGGCAUUCUUAACAAGAAAGGAGGACCUCAGCGAAGAUGACUUUAACGAGGCGCAAACAAGGUAUAAAGGAUAAAAGGUCAAAUGACACAAUUGUGAUAAAAUUUCAUUUCAGCAUAUCAACAGACACGGAUAGACCCGAAAUUAAAAAGGGACACAGCCUUAAGAUGACUCGAAUCCACAGGGCUUCUGAUGCGUGCUCCAUGUGCAACAAACCUCUGAGUAGUCUUCUGGUUCAGGGAUACAAAUGCGUUUCAUGUAAAUUAUCAUUCCACAAAGAAUGCGCAACCUUUUCCAUUAACAUUCCUUGUGUUCCUAUGAGUCCGACCAGAGAAUUACCUCGUCGAUCAUUGAAGUGAGGCCUUUUCUUUUAUAAAUCCAUAUAUUUUAGACCCAAGUCAUCCCUAACUCCAUUGGUCAGCACAUUUAAUUUGACUAAAACAAAACAACAGGUAUGAGUUUCCUUAUGACUAAUACUUUAUCAGACUGACCCCACGGCCAUGUUGAUUGAGACGACGGAAGAUCUCCGUCAAUUCAGCAUGUUUAUAUUCCAAAAACAAUGUCAAUUGGAGCAGGAAAAGAAGAGGGAUACUGUAGUUGAUGCCAUAUUUAAGAAGUCUCUUAGGGAAUUUCACAUGGAAUUAAUCGGUUGCGAAGCUGUUUUAACAGAAGGCCGCACGGUGCUGCGGUAUCGGGAUCUGAUCACAACCUUCGAGGGACUCCUGACGAAGAUGUGUGCCCAUGAAAAUAUUACAUUCCCGACCACAUUAGGAGUUAACGCCUUCAGGGGAUUCUUGAAUGGAUUUAUGCAACAACAAACAAAGCGAAGGGGAUCUCAUCGACGAUCCAACAUCAUCAACACGGUCCGCAAAAAACGGCGCAGAUCUGAUGUUACCGUAAGACUAAAGAAAAAACGAAAUCCUUUCAGCUCCUGAAUGGACAUCGAUUCAAACCUGACUUUGUCCAUGUGCCUACUUACUGUGAAGUCUGCAAUCAAUUCAUGUGGCAUGCCGAGAAAAUAUUUAUUUGUGGGAAUUGCCGACUGAGUUGUCACAAAAAGUGCCAUUCCAAGAUCAAUGGCCACUGCUCCAAGCCCUUUUUGGCCGCUGAAACCAACAAUUUCUUCGGGGUUGAUCUCAGUGUUUUAGUUGGGGACGAAUUGUCAGCUCCUCCUUGUGUCAACAAUAUGUUUAUGUCCAUAGAAGUGAAGUCUUUGUUCGUGGAGGGAAUCUACAGAAAGAGCGGGUCUCUGGCAGCUGUGAAGACUGUCCGAAGACAGAUUGAGGACUCUCCAUGUAAUAAUUCUGUAGUCUACUAUAUUAUAAUUUUACAAUUUCAGCUUUGGAUUCUUUUGAUUUCUCUGAUAUCCCGAUCCACAUCUUGACUACAAUAGUGAAGCUAUUCUUCCGCGAGUUGAGAGAACCUCUGAUCACUUUCGAAUUAUACGAAAACUUUAUCCAUGUCUCAGGUAAUCAUGACCGUACAUAAGGCGUUUGCUUUACACUUUCGCACACUGUCAUAUAAAAAUUUCUAUUCUUGGCUGGAAAAAGUCUAAAAUAAGAAUAAAAGAGAGGCGCAGAAAAAAAUCAUAAUAGGGUAAUUGCGUAACGUUGUGUCAGAUUGCGAACUACAGUACCCAAAUGCGAAAUCCAUCUUUUGUAUGACUAGUUUGUGGAAGUGUAUGCACGCACCUUACGUAACAUGGAGUAUGUUUAGAAGUGAAAGAUCCCUCGGAACGACUCAAAUGUCUCAGCGUGGUCGUGGAUCUACUCCCGAAGCCAAACAAGGUUAUCCUAGACAGACUGAUGUAUCAUCUUGCUCGUGUCGCUCAUCAAGUACGUAGGAAGAAUGGUUAAAAGGUAUUGUUUAGGAAAUGGUGAACAAAAUGAGUCCUUCCAAUUUGGCCGUCAUAUUUGCCCCAUGCAUUCUCCGUCGGAAUCAGGCCGUCCAUGCUCAAGAACAACUCGAAGAUGUCCAAAAACAGGCGGUCUGUGUUCAGAUGCUGAUUGAAGAGAAGUUGAGACAAUACAAAGUUACGCUCAAUCAGAUCGUGGAGUUGGAACAGGCAUCAGAGAAAGUUUCUGAGAAUCUUCGGAGGAUUCAAGAGCACCGUCGGUCUUCGGAAACCAGCGGGGGAUUACAAGAGGUGGAGAAGAAGAUUCAAGACGCUACAGAUCAGCUACAGAAUUGUCAGAAUGUGGCCGCCAACGGAAAAGAACCAAAUAUGGAGACGGCCCGACUUUUAUUUGAAGAACAAUUGGACUUCUUGGAUCACGAAAAGUAAGUGUAUCAGCAGAAUUAUAAGUGAAUUCUAGAUCGAAACUGAUACAAGAGCUCCCUCCGUUGGCUCCUGUUGCUUCCUCCGAAGAUCUGACAUCAUCAGAUGCCGAACACGGAAGAACGAACAGCGCCUCGCCAAGUAUGUGGUCCAAUGCGGAGUUGUUGGUGGACGAAUAUGCUAUAGACAUGGAGGCCCCACCGGUAUUAAAUCGACUGCCAUCGCUCUACAGAAAACACGCACGCCCUCAUUCGUUCAUAGGCCAGAAAAGACCCUCGCCGUCUCAGCUCAGGAAUCGGACACCGAAGUGA